CGCGGUUCUUUGUGUCUGAGAGCGGGUCAAGAACAGGAUUAGGAAACCACUCUUGACGUAAAAUGUGCAUGUUAGGUUUUUGACGGUGUGGAGUGCGUAAUAAGUACCAAGUCAACUGUUAUGUUUUAGAGACUAGCUACUGUUUGGAAACUAUGGAAGCCAAAAGUCCCGGUGCCUCUACACCGUGCAGAAAACCGGUUAUGAGUGGAAGCGCACGAAAGCUGAAGGACAACGCGGCGGACUGGCACAACUUCGUAAUGAAAUGGGACCGACUAAAUGACGAGGGAUCCACGAUCGCGAACCAAAUUGUAAACUUAAAGUUGAGCAAAGAGGCGGUGAAGGAAGCGGACAUCGCCGAAGACGGUGGCCAAACCGCCAUUACCCAGCGCACAGGAAGCGCGUCUGCAGCCGCCGCGGAGCUCGAGGAUCGGUGUUCUGCAUUGGUGGUCAUUUUGGAGAAGAUGGCUCACCUAGUAUCCAAAAUGGAAAAGUUGGCCUCUUCAACAAAAGGUGUGUGUGAGCUGCAGGAAUUCCAGCAGGAGCGCACAGGUGUGUGUGCACCUCUGUUUCAUACCUGGCCAGUCACACACUUUGACGAGGUCUCCUCCCGCCUCCUGCGCUCCUACAGGGAGGAGCUGGCUCUGAAGGAGGUGAUCGUGGGGGAGAUUGCGCACACCUGCAGGUCGGACCUGGCCCUGGUGUACCUGUCCUGCUGGCUGUACCAGCCCUACCUGGAGCAGAGCAGCACAGUGCAGCUGGAGAGCCUGCUGCUGGAGACUGGGCACAGACCACUGUGAGCACA